AGCAAUAAAUAAAUAUUAGGGGAAAAACAUUCCAAAUUGACUACAUAACUCUCUCAUUAUUCCAAUCACAAGGAUUUGUCUAGGAUCAAAAACCCUAGAGUUUUGAUUCUGUACCACAUAUGCUUAUGCUUGGAGAAGAAGAAAGAAAAAUUACAAUCCCCAAUUCCACAUGAAACCCUAACGCUCCAGAGCGAGGCUAGUGGAACUAUGAGUGAGACUACAAACAAACCCCAAGAGAUUCGACCCUUUCGAUGUGAGCUUUGUAAUAUUACUUGCAAUACUGAAGAUCUGCUCCAGAAACAUAAACAAGGAAAAAAACACUUAAACUGUCUGCAAAAGCCACCCGUCAUAUUGCAAAAUGGAGCACCCAAGCCUGAAUUUAUACGUUGUGAUCUUUGCAAUGUGGUAUGCAAUAAUCAAGAAAUUUAUCAGAAACACGUUGUUGGUAAGAAGCAUUCUGCUAAGGCACUCAUCCAGCUGGCGAGUACAAACGGUUUAUUUGCCGCCACAUCAAACUCCAGCGGUGCUUCACAGAAGAAACCGAACACCUUUCAGUGUGGACUCUGCAAGAUCACCUGCACCAGCAAUGAACUCCUCAGCAUGCACAUAGCAGGGAAGAAGCAUCUCAAUAAACUUAGGGAAUCUGGACUAAUACCAAAUCUGCCCUUCACCCCUAUGGUUAAUUCAGAGUCCAACGAGGGCAAAACUGUAAAUUCAGAUGGAUGUAACAUGAAUGGGAAAAGAGCGGGAAGUUAUAUGGAUGUGGAGUCGAAGAAGCAGAAGAUUUUGCAAGGAGGGGCGCCGUUAAAUGCCAUAAGAACAUGUACGUUGUGCAAUGUGGUUUGUAACAGCCCCACCGUGUUUGCUGCGCAUCUUGCUGGUCAGAAGCAUGCUGCCAUGGUUGUGCAACAAGCGGAAAAUCUAACAACUGGUCAAGAAUCUUGAACCCUUGUCUCAUUUAACAAUUUGUAGUUAAAUUUUAAUGAGUUAUUGCCGAAAAAACUUGAUAUGAUGCUGCUGAGGUUUUAAUGAACACAUUUGGCAUGCUAAUCACCAAGACCGUUCUACAAA